UUCAGAAAGCGUGCCUCCAAGUUCAACUUCUCACCACUGCUUGUGGCCUCUGCGGCCUCUCCAAUUGGCCCCAACGGACGAGGACAGCGACACGCACAAGACUCAUGUGGCGAGCACCCCAUCACUGGGAGGAUACAAGCAGGACUGCCAUGGAGGAAAAUUCAUACGCAGAGGUUUUGAAGUUUCACAGAAGACAUGGGCAGUGCUGCAGGCGGGGGACGCAGAUUGCCCUGUUGGGGCUGGUGACCAUUGCGCUGUGGGCCGGGCUGCUGACCCUGCUUCUCCUGUGGCACUGGGACACUGAACGGAAUCUGAAACAGCUGCAAGAGACCGCUGCCUGGAACAUUUCUCAGGUUUCCAAGGACUUUGAAAGACACACAGGUGACCAGAAAUCCCAGGCUGCCCAGAUGACGCAGAACAUGGAGAAAAUCCGAGCAGAACAGAAGAGAAUGAAAACUCAGGACUCUGAGCUCUCCCAGAACCUGGAUGGACUUCUUGAGGACCUGAGCAACCUCAAAUCCCAGGGCUUGAACGAGAGACACACAGCCUUGAAUUCACUGGAAAGACUCCAGGAGGAGGUGGCGAAGCUGUGGAUAGAACUUCGAGUGUCCAACGGCUCCAAGUGUAACACGUGCCCUGAGCAGUGGGUCAAUUUCCAACGAAAGUGCUACUACUUCGGUGAGGGCGCCAAGAGGUGGAUCCAGGCAAGGUUGGCCUGCAGCAAACUCCAAGGGCGGCUGGUCAGCAUCCACAGCCAGGAGGAGCAGGACUUCCUGGCCAAGUCCAUCCACAGAAGGGGAUCCUGGAUUGGCCUUCGGGACCUGAACAUAGAGGGGGACUUUGUCUGGAUGGACGAGAACCCCCUGGACUACAGCAACUGGCGGCCGGGGGAACCCAACGACGGGGGCGAGAGAGGCCUGGGAGAGGACUGUGUGAUGAUGCUGAGCUCCGGGCAGUGGAACGACGCCUUCUGCGGCAACCAGCUGGACGGCUGGGUGUGUGACCGCCUGGCCACGUGCUGACUGCCGCCCACCACCUCGGUCCCUCAGACGUGGACCCAGACAGCCCCCUGCCCGCCCACGGAGCACCUCUCUUUGUCAUUCUGUCUCAGCCAAAGUCUGGGUGCCUCUUUUGUGUCUGAAGGGUCCCAGUGACAUUUUCUCCUGCCCAAAUGGAGGCAGCUGACCCAUCCCUAGCUUCUGCCAACACCCCAGAGGGCCUGUCCCUUACCCCUUGGCCCAACGGGCUAUCGCCACCCCUCUGCCUUCUAGUGCUCCAGUUCCCACCUCGAGAAGCCCUGCCUGCCAGCCUGAACGCUGGAAGGCCCCUCCCUGCUGGAAGGCCCCUCCCUGCUGGAAGCUCCUCCCUGCUGGAAGGCCCCUCCCUGCUGGAAGGCCCCUCCCUGCUGGAAGCUCCUCCCUGCUGGAAGCCUCCUCCCUGCUGGGGAGCCCGGCAGCCCAGCUUUCCCUGUGUGCUUCCUCCAUCACCUCCACCUCACCAUCUGCUAGAGUCAGGAGUGGACUCCUCGUCCUCCCCAAAUGCAGCCCAUGUCCUGGCACCACUGGACAGACCCCGGGCUCGGGCAGCCAGGCCUCCCUGCCCCACCUGUAUCAGGAACAUGGGGGAUGACAGCCCCUCACAUGCACCCUCUGCAGGGGCCCGUCUGGCUCUGGUUUCUAGGUGUGGAUGGUGGGAACUGGGAGUUCCAGAGCCUGGUGCCUGAGGCCACCUCUGAAUGAUGGGAAUAACUGAAAUGGCAUUUGUAACCCCCUACUUCAUUAACUAGGCAUUUACUAGGCAGAGUUACAGAUGAAGACUCUGGGGUCCAGUGGAGCAGAGAACAGCCCUAGACCCCCCGGAAUAUUGCAGGGCAAAGCCAUGGACCACCCUGACCCUAGUUCCCCAGCCCAGGCUGCUGGGGCAAGGGCCCAAGUGGUCAGAAUGGGCCCAGUACACAGAAGGCGCUUAGCAAGUGCUAGCCAGCUGCAGAGACAGAUGGGGAAGUGGUCUCAGCAUCACUCCCACUCGGGGUGUGUGUGGCCGAGGCGGCACCAGCCCUGGGCUUGUCCAGGAUCAGCCCUGCACCUGAGGCAGAAGGGAGGCAGGCCAGGAUCUCAGGAAACCCCCCACUCAUUAAACUCAUCCGCCUACCCCACCCCCAAUUCCUGGUCUAGAGAAGAGCCAGGCGUGAUCACGUGAUUCUCAAGCCCGCUGAAAGAGGAGGAAGAAUCAGGGGCAGAUUCCCACACUGCACCACCUGGGAUCCUGAGAGUUAAGGGCCAGGCCAAGGGCCAGCCACCACCCUGGGGGACUGGGGAGGGUGCUGUAUGGCACCUGGAAGUCCUGGGGCUCAGGAUGAGGUUGGGACAGAGCUGGGCAUUCGGAGUGAAAUGUGGGUUGAAAUCCCAAAUCGCCUGUUGUCUCUACCUACUGCCCACCCCCAGAUUUGUCUCCCCCGGACUCGUCCUUAGAACUCUGGGCCACUCUGCCUGCUUACCUGAGCUCUCCACGUGGGGAAUGGGGAACUCAGCUCCACUCUACUAGUCCCUCAGGCCAACAUUGGGGUCAUCCUCGCCACCUCUUUCCCUCACCACCCCCUCCAAACUCCUAAGGAAAGCCAUGGGCUCUGCCAUCAAGCCAUAUUCAGAAUCCACCCACUUCUCAACGCCUUGGUGUAUCCCACAUCCUCGCUCACCUGAACUGGUGUGGUCUCACUUUUUACUGUCCCAAACCUUCCAGAAGUUUCCUUCCAGCUCAGGAAAAAAGCCGCAGUCCUACAGGGUCCUUUGCCAUGGCAGAACCCUUCCCACGCACCUCCCCUCCCCAGCUUCCUCUCUCCUCCCACCAGCCCAGCCUCCUCACUGUUCCUGAAGCACUUCGGCUCACUCUGCCUCAGGGCGUUUGCACAUGCUGCCUCCCCUGCUCACUCCUCAGCAGGGUCUAUGCUGAGCACUUCCUCCCUCCCAUUUAAAAUGACACCCCGACUUUUUUUACCCCACUGUACUUUUUCACCAUGGCACACAUCCUUUCAAGAAAAUGGGGAAUUUACUGAUGUUUGUUGCCCGUCUCAGCGUGCGAGCUCCAGGGCAGGCACAUUUGUUUUGUUCUCAGCUGUGUUCCCAGCGCCUGGCAUAUA